GAAAGAAACUCGGGUGAAUGAAGAGGUGGGGCAAGGUGAGAAGAGGUACGUUAAGAGGGCAUAUGUGAGAUGCUCCUGAACUCUUCGCCAUUGUGUGACGUCCCAUGUGGUCAUGAUGGUGAUAGAAAUGGCAACAAGUCGCACGACGACCGUCUAACCGUAUAUGAAAAACAGGAAAAUCAAUGAUGGGAGGAAAAGGUGGUGAGACGACAGGCAGACGCAUACAGGGGCAGAAACAGAAUCCUUCUCUUCCUCGCGAUGUUAUUGGGAGUUCCGACUUACAUCGUGGGCAAGGAAAAUACCACCCACCACCCAACAUGUCGUCGCUCGUAUGCGUGUCUUAGACACUCUCGAGACCGCAUGCUUGAGCUCGCGCUCACGGGAGCGCAAGAUGUGGGCAGGGAGAGAGAGGGGGAAACGGGGUCCCACGUCUUGUCCUGCAUGAGUUCGCAUGAUGCUUUCCCACCCCCAGCUGCUGCAUCAGUAGCCGCCGCCGCCGCUGCUGCUGCUGCUGUGCGUAAUACAGGAAACCAUGCGAGGAGGCGUUCUCACCGUACUUUACACAGAGACGGAGAUGGCGAGGUGACUAAGGCAAGGUCAGGGUCUAGGUCAAGGACCGGUGAAGAAACGGUCCGGUGGCGAUGGGGGAUUAAUCCGAUGCUCGCCGGUCCGCUCGGCUUCUUCCAUACUACUAUCGUGGGGCAGGCAGAUGAGCAGACGGGAAAGAAAAAUGAGGAGAAAAUCAUCCAAGAUGAACUGCUGCUCCGUGAUCUUCAAUCUGGCGGAGCAUUUGAAAGCAUGAUGGCCCGAUCGAUCUACACAAGGUCCGUCUCCGCCAUGCAGAUUCCAUGCAGCAGAAUGCGCGCGGCACGUGGUGAGAUCAAGCGCUCGCCACCGUUUUGUGGGCAGGUUGGUAUACUUACUUUGAGUGAAACGGAAUUGAUAGACGGUUCACUCGAUAUAGACGGUCAAAUCCAACUCGCCAACCUGGACAGAGGAGCCUCGAGUGGUGUCUCGUGGUCCCAUUUAGAAGGGGGGCAAGAUAUCCCCCCCCCCCGGACGCCACCGAUAGGUUCAGAGAAGACGGAAAAGUUCAAGCUCUCCACACAGGCACCCCUGAGGUGAGCGGGAGCCCGCAAGAGCAAACACAAGGUCAGAAGAAGAGAGGGGGUUUGGUGAAGUGAGUGCGAAAAAUAGUUUGAGUAAGAGAGGGUCUCGUGGUAGGCCGUCGUGAGACUCCAUGGCAACUGUCUGAAGUUGACGUACAGAGCGCCAAAAGCAUAAAAAUAAAGAGAAGGAAAGAGAGGGGUUUGAAUGUUACGAUGCUACGAUCUUUUGGUGAUACCACUCCGUGACGACUUCACCAUUCCCCAUAGGCUGUACGAAGCAGUCCGUGACACCUUUUGGGGAAACAAGUCGAUCGUCAGACGACGUCGGGAAAGGGCAAGAUGUUGGUUCGGCCCGGCCGAAGCGCACGGCGUGCUUCCCUCCCGUAUAAAUACCCGGGUCGGGUGCGCCCGUGGCCCUGUGGCUCCGUAU